AUGUAUCUUGUGACGCUGCUGGGCGGUGCCUCGUGCCUCAACGCCGACCUCAACGACUGGUACUGGCAGUACCUGUCCGGCGAGCAGCCCAUGCCAGCCUUCGUCCCGCAUCUCGUGUACCUGCUGUACGAACCCGUGCACACCCCCGGGCAUUCCAUGUUCCGGUUCCAGAUCUUCGAACAGACCCUGCACGAGAUCAUCGCCCAUAACAAGCUGAAGCUGUCCUGGACCAAGGGGAUCAACGACUUUACAGACCUCACCUGGGAGGAGUUUAGGGGGCUGAAGCUCAUGGCCCCUCAGAAUUGCUCAGCCACCGAGCACAACCUCAAGGUCAAGAGCAACCGGAAGCUGUCCGCCCCCUCUGAUUUCGACUGGAGGAGCAAGGGCAUGGUCAGCCCUGUCAAGAACCAGGGUGCCUGCGGCUCUUGCUGGACUUUCUCGACUGUUGGUGCCAUUGAGUCUCACUGGAACAUUCUCCGGAAGGGGCGAAAUGACACUUUCGCUGAGCAGCAGUUGGUCGACUGCGCGCAGGCGUUUGACAACCACGGCUGCAACGGCGGGCUGCCCUCGCAUGCCUUCGAGUACAUCAAGUAUGCACCCGGGCUGAUGCGCAGCAGCGAUUACCCCUACACCGCGAAGGAUGGGCAGUGCCAGUUCAACAAGACCCUGGCUCGUGUGCAGAUUCCCUACGGAUCCUUCAACAUCACCGCUGGCAACGAGAUCGAGGCGGCCGAGCGGCUGUACAACGCGGCCCCCGUGUCAGUGGCGUUCCAGGUGGUGCAGGGCUUCAAGGACUACAAGUCAGGGGUGUACACGAGCAGCACCUGCAAGAACGGCAAUGGCGACGUCAACCACGCAGUGCUGGCCGUAGGCUACGGCAAGAUGGACGGAAAGGACUUCUGGGCGAUCAAGAACUCAUGGGGCCAAACCUGGGGCGACAACGGAUACUUCAAGAUGGAACGCGGCAAGAACAUGUGCGGAGUGGCCCAGUGCAACUCCUACCCCCUGAUCGAUGGCCGGCAGCUUGAUGACCUCGAGGCCUCGCAAUGA